GUAAUAAUUCACAUUUCUCGAGCCCAAAGUCUCCUUGUUUUACCUGCACAGUGUUCGGCAAGGCGAGAUCGCGACAAAACGUUUAGUUUCGUCUAUUUUUUACCCAAGUGUUUGCGUGGGAAUCACGUAUACGCGUACGGGAUCCAACGGCGAGGACGAUGGAAAAAAAACGAAGUCGGAGAAAUGGGCGGAGUUUGCGCCUGUCGUAAUUCGUAAUAACCAGGUAAAGGACGACGGAUAUUCUCGCGAGACUCCGGUAAAAAUUUACAAUUAUAGAAAGAGUUCACCUAAUGGAAGGGUUUUAAGGCAUCGUAGCGGUCCGUCGAAAUUCGAGAGGUGUCCACGAUACAGGUUAAGGUAGAACGCGGCUACGAAAAGGCGGCGAGGUCGCGUCGUAAAUAAAGUGGAUGCGCACGCGGACAAUCCACGUGAGAAGGAGAAAGAGAGAGCGAGGCGAACGGAUUGGCUGGACGAGGACGGAGAUGAGUCGAGCGCUCUGAUUGGUCGACGGCGGCUGUUAUGGCCGCCGAUUAGCGCACGCACGCACGCACACCGAGGCAGACACGGGGCUCGCACACGGACGUACGUACACGCGCGUGCAUCGGGCCAGGAGCGUAGCAGUCGCUCGCGGCCGAGAAGAGUGAAAAGAGCGACAGACAACGGUCGGUUCGCGUGUUGCCUUCUAAGGCGGAGGGAGAGUUGGUGUGUGACGUCGUCCGUGCGCGGAUGGCUCGAGGAACGCCGCCGAUUUUCCUCAGCAACUUCGACCAAGCAUCUCUGCCGAGCAGCGUUUCGAGAGACCAAGUGAAAGGAGAGUGCAUGCGGGCCGGCCGCCGACGCCGCGAACCGUCGACUCUAACCGCGUAUACGUAAAACCCGACAAUCCGUCAAGUCCCCAAGUUGCCCGAAGCUGCACCAUUUUCAUCAUCCUCUUAGCGUGUAUACCGAAGAAGAGGGAACCAGGGAGGCCGAUUAUUUGAAACGGCGCGUAAACUGGAACGUUACUGGGAUUCGCUGUUCACGAACAGAUACGAGGAACGAAAGUGGAAAAAAUAAAAAGGAUACGAAGGGCACCGAGAAAGGUAGCGGGAGACAGAGAUAAAGAACUGCACGGAGCGAGAAACGAAGACGAGAGCGCUGGGAGCGCGAGAGAGACGGGACGAAUUGAUCAGAAAAGAGAAGAGCGAAGAGCAGAGAGUUAAAACGCCAAACGAGAUACGUAAGAGACAAAGGCCACGGCGGCAUAACCUCCAAAGCGACUGGGAGAAUCUAUCGUGACCGCGCGUUUCGUCGGAUCCUGACUGCAGUUUCGUGCACCGUUUCCCCCCCGGCGAUCAUUCGAUAUUCGCAUUAUUUACGAGAGAUUAUAUUUUUACAAUGUGCAUGCCUGCUGCUGCUGCUGCCGCUGCUGCUGCCCGGGGCUUCCAUAUACGAAGUGUCGCACGAGUGAGAUAGAGAUAGAGAUAGAAAGAGCACGUGUAUGCAAACGUAUUUUCCUCGAAGUUAUACACAGAAACGCAUACGAGGUCGUUGAAGUCGGUUUUUCGAGUGAAAGAGCGGGACCCGUUGUUUCUAUGGUCGUGUUUUUCCGCGACACCUGGUAUAGACCGUGGUCCGCGAGUGUUGUCUACUGUGUAAACGAACUCGACGACGUUGCGUCGACAACGCGGAAACUUAAGUAGAAAGAUAGACACAGAAGAAAACGACAGAGAGAGAGAGAGAGAGAGAAACAGAAACAGAGAAAUAUAUAUAGGAGAUAGAGAUAAAAUAAAAAAAAGAAGCAGGGGAUAACACACCAGCGCUGCAGUCCACGGUUGAUGGAUGAAACUGGCAGGAUGUUGCAACACGGAGGAUCAGGUGUUGGUUUGAUGGGAGGCAAUCAGGGCCAGGGGGCCCAAAACACCGGUGGAUACGGAAGCAUGGGGCCUGUCGAUGGGUCCGCGACGCAGGGCCCAGACCCAGCUGCCGAUGCUAGGAAACAGGAUAUCGGCGAAAUCCUUCAGCAAAUCAUGAACAUCACCGACCAGAGUCUAGACGAGGCGCAAGCGAGAAAACACACGCUGAACUGCCAUCGAAUGAAGCCGGCCCUGUUCUCGGUCCUGUGCGAAAUCAAGGAGAAAACAGUGCUGUCGUUAAGGAACACUCAGGAAGAGGAGCCGCCGGAUCCGCAGUUAAUGAGGUUGGACAACAUGUUGAUCGCAGAAGGUGUAGCCGGUCCGGAGAAGGGCGGCGGUGCGGGAGCGGCUGCGUCCGCUUCUGCGGCUGCCGCAGCUGGACCACCUGGACAACCUGACAACGCGAUCGAGCAUUCCGACUACAGGGCGAAGCUCGCGCAGAUCAGACAGAUCUACCACCAGGAACUGGAGAAAUACGAACAGGCGUGUAACGAGUUCACGACCCACGUAAUGAAUCUGCUGAGGGAACAGAGCCGCACCAGGCCGAUCACGCCGAAGGAGAUCGAGAGGAUGGUCCAGAUCAUUCACAAGAAGUUCUCGAGUAUUCAGAUGCAGCUGAAACAGUCCACCUGCGAGGCCGUCAUGAUUCUGAGGAGUCGAUUCCUGGACGCGAGGCGUAAGAGACGGAACUUCAGCAAACAGGCCUCUGAAAUCCUGAACGAAUACUUUUAUUCGCACCUCAGUAAUCCUUACCCAAGCGAGGAGGCCAAGGAGGAGCUCGCGCGAAAGUGCGGUAUCACCGUGAGUCAGGUUUCCAAUUGGUUCGGCAACAAGAGGAUACGCUACAAGAAAAACAUAGGUAAAGCACAGGAGGAGGCGAACUUGUACGCAGCCAAAAAGGCAGCUGCAGCUUUUGCAGGAGCGUCGCCGUACAGUAUGGGCGGUGCCAGCCAGGGCACCCCGACGCCGAUGAUGUCGCCGGCGCCUCCCGGCGGGCCCCAAGACAUGGCCGGUUAUGGGAUGGGCAUAAACGGUAGCGACUACGGAUCGCAACCGUACAACGACGGCUCGAUGGGCUACGAUCCUAUGCACCAGGGCAAGGCCUUGGCUGGGGGGCCAGGCGCGACGGGAUGGAUGCAACAACGCGAGGCGGUGCCGGAGUUUCCGCCGCUCCACGAUUCAGCGGACUCUGAUUCCGACCGAGAAAACGAGAAACGGCCGCGCGUCUAAAUGCGUUUACAUUUUUUAGAUUGCGCGAGCUAGGACGGUGACGAAACCUGGUUAGAGAAAAAGAGAGAGAGAGAGUGUGUGUGAGAGAGAGAGAGAGGCGACACAAAUGACUGCGUGAGCAAAAUACCGGACCCAGUAGAACGACGGAGACAACAACAAUACACAGAAACAAAAAAAAAAGGUAUACCACCGUUGCGACAGGAGGCGACGUAACACACAGAACACACACCGUCACGCGCGUGCACACUAUUCUCGACGACACUUUGUACACAAGGAGGACACGCACGCAACAGCAACAACAACAACAACAACAACAACAACGACGACAAGGACGACGACGACACGCCGUAUACACGCGAUAUACGUACACACGCGUAUACACGCGCACCUCCGAGCCACACACGAGGAGAUAUAAUGAAAAAAAAAGAAAUAAAAAUGUUCGUUGGUGUUCCUACGAUAACUAGUAAAAAGAAGAAGAAAGAAACAAAGAGGUUAGUUUCCGGUUUUCGAACAUUUUUCUCUUUUUUCCGUCGGGGGAAGGGGCAAGCAGCCGGCGGCGGCCGCCAUGUUGGCGCCAGGCGGGGCGUGUGUCCACCUGCGAUUUUCAAGCGUGAAUCGCGGGCUCCCUGGUCGAUCGAUCGAUAAUCCGAUUCGCGGAUCGUUCUCGCGGGGAGUGAAUCAUUUUCGUAGUCCAUUUUCUUGCUUGCCCUUUGACCACGAUGCUUAAUCUUGCCUUAUCGAGUGGCCGUACGCUACGAGUGACGUAUUGUACGGCGGACAUGGAAACGAGCGUUAAACAGGAAGAGGAGAAUAGUAAGAGGAAAGUGGUAAAAAGAACGAGUGUGUGAAAGAGAGAGAGAGAGAGAGAGAGAGAGAGAGAGAGAGAAAGUGAGAGAAAGAAAGAAAGAGAGAGAAAGAGAGAGAGAGAGAAAAAGAUAGCGUAGGAGAGAGAGAGAGAGUGGAGAAAGGACGGCGUACGAUGGAAAUAGGGAAUGCCUAUGCGGUCCCCUAAACGAGAACGCGUAGGCUCGCUUCUCUUUUUAAGACAAUAUGAACGGCGUACAGCCGCCUGGCUAAGGAGAGAGAGGGAGAGAGCGUACACGAAUCAACUAUUUUUUUUACUUUUCAAUACGCUGUUAUACAUAUACACACACACACACACACACACACACACACACACACACACAGAUAAACACAACAGAGACACACUACACGUAUAAAUAGUUCUAUAUAGCUUGUACAGAUCAUUUGAUUCUUUCCCACUGUUUCCUACCACCAUGCGUUCAUUAUUUUCUUCGCGAAUUGUUCGUUCUCCCCGCGAUUUGUUUUUUCCGGAGACAACCCGGCAUCGUUUUGCAACGAUCCUUGACGGGAGAGAGAGAGGAAGAGAGAGAGGGAGAGAGAGAUCGCGUCGUGUAUCCUUCCGCCGUAAUGUAUACAUAUACGAGACACAUAUAUGCGCAGACACAGACACACGUUCUUGCGUAGCGUAAUUUUCAUUGCUGGGCACGGAUUAUAAACGAACGCGGCAUAUAUACGAUAUUUUUGUAACGUUUUAACGUUAUACUUAGACUCACGAAACAGGAGAUACUACUUAUAGCGCGUCAAGGAAACUUGUACUUUGUCGUUGCAGGCUUCGUCACCGAGAUAUCAUUUUCAUUCUAUAUAUCCCUUUCCUUCCGUUUCGUUCAUCAUGUUUCUUUGUAAUCUUCUCUUAUACAUAUUUUAAAUCUAAUCUCCCAGCACGGGUGUAUCGUGUAAUGCUAGCGAAUGUGUUCCCUUACGUUCGAUCUAUUAUGGUGUUUAAGUUCCGAGUUUCUCAUUUAAGUUUUAGCUUCGAACUGUACCACGUUGCAGCGUCCCCACACGUUUGCGUGCCGAUCUUGUUCGCAAUCGUUUCGACGCGAGGACACCGUUCGCUCGUUCGUUCCUUCGAUCGCUCGCUCGUUCGAUCGUUCGCUCGAUCGUUCGCU